AAAGGCAUUGUGGGAUAGCUAAUUAAGGUGCACUGUGCAGUGAAUUUUUAUCAAAAUCGACCUUCAUGGCCGUCAAGAAAAUCUUAUGUUUAGCUGUUUUUCCAAGUGUUUUUCUAUGCAGUUAAUACUCGCUUCAGUUUCUUGAGUCAUUUGAGGACCGUGUUUGCAAGGUUUUUGAGGGGUUGCUGGUUUGCUGCUGCCAAUGUUCACUGGAACGGUGAAGGUGACGAUAUGCCAGGCUUCAGGGUUGAGACCGACCGACUUCCAAAAACGACAUAAUAUGACAUUUGGCAAGCCCGAUGAUCAACCUAUAGACCCAUACGUGGCCAUAGAUGUCGACGAGAAUCAUUUGGAUCGGUCUACGACCAAACCAAAGACUUUUGAUCCAGUAUGGGGAGAGUCAUUUUCGCACGACGUGCAGAGCGCUGUGAACCUCGGGCUCACAGUGUUUCACGAUGCUGCGAUCCCUCCAGACGAUUUCGUGGCCAACUGCACCAUCCCUUUCGAAGAUCUUCUUCAAAGAGACAAAGACGCCUCGGACUUUUGGGUCGAUUUAGAACCUCAAGGAAGACUGCGGUUACAAAUCGAUUUAAAAUGGGCUGCUCAAGGUACAAUACUGGUUGUGAGUUUUUUACUUCCCAAAACUUCUCAUCUACCUUUAACUGAUUUGUGUACUAUUUUCUCUGUAGAACCUCAAACACAGAAGCCAAGGGAGUUCAAGGAGCGCCAAGGUUUCAACAGGAGACGAGGUGCUAUGCGGAGACGUGUACACCAGUUCAAUGGACACAAGUUUAUGGCCACAUUUUUGAGACAACCUACAUUUUGUUCUCACUGCCGUGAUUUUAUAUGGGGUCUUGGCAAACAGGGAUAUCAAUGUCAAGUCUGCACAUGUGUAGUGCAUAAACGUUGCCAUAACCAGGUGUUGACAAAAUGCCCUGGCCUUAAAGAUAGUACACAAGACGAGGUGAGGGUGGUUCAGGUGCAGCAUCGUCGUAGCACCCACCCCACACACAAGGCUGCACAAGGGACACAAGGCCAGCGAUUUAAUGUAAAUGUACCCCAUCGUUUUGUGACACACAGUUUUAAACGUUUUACAUUUUGUGAUCAUUGUGGGUCCCUACUCUAUGGUCUGAUAAGGCAGGGACUUCAAUGUGAAGCUUGUAAACUGAAUGUUCACAAACGCUGCGAGAAAAAUGUUGCAAACAACUGUGGCAUCAACCCAAAGCAAAUGGCCCAAUUACUUUCACAAAUGGGUAUUUCCACCGACAAAUUGGCUCCUAGACGCUCCAAGUGUACAACUCAACCUGGUGCUGCUGGAGGUGGCUCAGGAAGUGAUCGUCCAGGUAGUGGAGGUGCUCUUGCUCCACUAUCUGAUGAAGGUGGUACUGAUGAUGAUGAAGUUACUAUGAGGCUUGCUGCUCAGAUGGCAAUGGAAGAGAAAAUGCGUGAAAAGACAAAAGACCUUGAACAACCAGAGAAAGGGCGGCCAGCAAAUACGCUACCAGAUUCCACAGAAAAAGCGAGUGGUGGUAAAGGGAAAGUAGGCCUUGAAGAUUUCCAUUUUAUUAAAGUUCUUGGGAAAGGUAGUUUUGGUAAGGUCAUGCUUGGUGAGAAAAGAGGCACUGAUGAAGUCUAUGCUGUCAAGGUGCUCAAAAAGGAUGUAAUCAUUCAAGACGAAGAUGUUGAUUGUACUAUGACAGAGAAACGUAUUUUGGCGCUGGCCGCCAAGCAUCCAUUUCUUACAGCACUUCAUUCCUGUUUUCAAACCAAGGAUCGUCUUUUUUUUGUGAUGGAAUAUGUCAAUGGUGGAGAUUUGAUGUUUCAAAUUCAAAGAGCAAGGAAGUUUGAUGAGCCCCGAGCACGUUUCUAUGCUGCUGAAGUUACACUCGCACUUCAGUUUCUUCAUCGUCAUGGCGUUGUGUACAGAGACUUGAAACUUGACAACAUUUUAUUGGACAAUGAAGGGCACUGCAAACUUGCUGAUUUUGGUAUGUGCAAGGAAGGAAUCAUUGAUGGUGUCACAACCACAACAUUUUGUGGAACUCCUGACUAUAUAGCUCCUGAGAUUCUCCAAGAAUUGGAUUAUGGCCCCAGUGUUGACUGGUGGGCUUUAGGCGUGUUGAUGUAUGAAAUGAUGGCGGGACAACCACCUUUUGAAGCUGACAAUGAGGACGAUUUGUUUGAGUCAAUAUUGCAUGAUGAUGUUUUGUAUCCAGUUUGGCUCAGCAAAGAGGCUGUAUCAAUACUUAAAGGGUUCAUGACGAAGAAUCCAGCUAAACGACUAGGAUGUGUAGCAUCUCAAGGUACUGAAGCUGCCAUCCGAACCCAUCCAUUCUUUAGAGAUAUGGAUUGGGAGGCUUUGGAAUGCAGACGAGUCAAGCCACCCUUUAAACCAAAGAUUAAAAACAAGAAAGAUGCCCUCAACUUUGAUACCGAAUUUACUAAGGAGGAGCCUGUUCUUACACCAAUCAAUGCUGAUGUUGUUCGGUCGAUCAAUCAAGACGAGUUUAAGGGCUUCUCUUUUGUUAAUCCUGAUUUCAAUCCAGGACGCUUUCAGUCAACACCAGCCUAGUUUUGUUUUAACAAGCUGAUUGCCUUUCACUAUUUUUGUGAUGCUGACCAAUGCUUGUCUGUUUGAGAGCAGUCAUUGUCAGUGAUUUCACAGCCUGCCAUGUGCGUACGUUGGUAGCACAUGUCUGCUUCUGACUUGCGUAAAGUAGUGCUCCUGUCACUGACAUAGUUGCUUAAAUAAACACCAGGCCUGUGGCAGGGCAUUAUUAUGUUAAAACUCAUUCCCAGUAUUGAGUCAUUAUUUCUCAAGGAAUGUUUGUCCAACUGGUUUUGGGUUUAAAUCUUUCUCCAGAAGAUCUGCUAGCAAGGCACUUAUUACUCUUACAUACCUCUAUUACUGUGUGACUGACUAUGCCACGUGGCAUGCAUUGUUGGUGCUAUUGGGUACUUACAGGGUAUUCUCUUAUGAAACUCUGCUGUACCUUUUCUUUUAUUUAAUUCUUUUUUUCCCCCAUAAGUCAUUCAAAUUUUGAGGAUUGUCAGAGUUUAGUGUCCUGCCAUCAGAUCUGUCUGUUAGGUGGGCAUGACUUAUCAGAGCCUUCCAAAGUGUUGUUUGAUGCCUAACUUAGAGUAGGUAGAGGAUUGAACCUGCCUUUGGUUACCUAAACCCUGCUUGAAGUAUCUCCUGUAACUCCACCUGGUGUUUUAGUGUUUUGGUGUUACCAUCCGCUAGUAAGUGUAGUUUGGAAGGGAAAAGUUUUAAAAUUUAAACUAAGGAAGCGUAUUCCUGUUAUCGUGCUCCACCUAUUAGGUAUGCAUUUAAAACUGCAAGAAAAUAUUCAAUAUAGAAAUUAAGUGCUUACAAGAUCACAAAUGUUCAUUUUGAAUUUUUUCAUUUUGUCUUAUGAAAGUGUCUGUAAGGUCCUUUUUCAUAGAACAUUCUGACUUCAUAGACUUUGCAAAGAUUUCAAGUCAGUCUUGUUGUAUGAUCCAGUAAAUAUGUAUUGUUUGAAUUGUACAUGCUGUGUAGUUUAGCAUAGUAAUGUGUAGUAUAGAUUAUAUUAGGUUUAUCAGCAGAAGCAGAGAGUUGGGGCGUUGACUGACUCGCCCAAGAUACGCGCACAAGACACUAUAUAGUACUGAUAUGAUAAGAUGCUACAUACCUACCUAAUGUAAGUACUGUAUACUUAUAUAGGUGUUCGACCAGACAUUUGGGCACCAUGAAAUAUGUCUGAUUUGCACGGUUCUAAGCUUCCAAUAUGGGAAAAGAAGAGGCCUACCCUACUGGGAUUUCCCCACUCCGUUUGUACUGUUAGGUCUUGGGUGUUACGGGUGUUUGUUAUUAAGUGACAUAACAACUUAAUUCUGGGUUAGUUGUGUCCUCAGUCUAGCAGUAUGCAUCAUAAUCUUUGAUUGUUUGAGAAAAAUAUGAAAAAGUUCAUCAUAUAAUUCUGUAUUAAUUUAUUUGUUAAUACACAGUUUUAGAUCUUUGUAUAAAUAUUUAAAAAAAAACCUUCAUAAUGCAUUUUCAUCUAUCAUUAUUUAUGAUAAUGAUUAUUCAAUAGUUAAUGUGAUCUAAAUGUAUUGAUGUGGUAAACACAUUUCUGUUGUUUCAUUUUUAUGUUUUUGUUUAUAUUAGUUUUAUUAGAACUGGACGUUGUCUGGCUGUUUCUCUAGUCAACAGUACUGGUCAACUGAUGCUUCCUGUUUAGCUGUGAGUUGUGCUAUGGCAGAUUUAUUGUUUUCAAAUGAUUUUGUUAUUUAUUUGUGUGACCAAUCACAAAUUGUUUUUCCAUUUUGUUUAUUGAUCUGAUGUGUUUGGUCUUGACUGCUGGUUGUUUUGGAACUAGUGAGUCCAUGUGCUGUUGCAUGUUUUGCUUGGUACAUUUGUAUGUAAAUAAGGGCUUGUAAGUUCCAUUAUUAUUAUGUUUCUCAUCAGUCAGCCUUCUGUUUUAUUUUAAUCUCUCAUUGCAGUUGUAAAUGUUUGCUGCUCUUUGACAAUCCCAGUUCUGUGCAUGAGUUUUACUCAGUAUCUUGUGGACCGAAGGAUUUCUUCUCCUCUUUGAAGGUGUGUUUUGUAGGCAAGCCUUUAUUUACAAUACCAUCUUGAUGAGAAUCUCUCGAGUAUCAGACGAAAUAGCUGACAUUUCCAUGUCCUCAUUUACUGUCAUGUUUUUUACACCCUGUUCUUACAUAAUUCAUCUCAGAGAGCUAAAAAGGGCUGGAAGCUAGUCUGCGCUGUUGCUUGCCAGUGGGUAGUUACUUUCAUCUGAUUGUGCCUAGGGAGGGAUGCAUGUUUAAGUAACUACUCACGGGCAGGACUAAUUUAUCAACUGAUGGGCGUUGUGAUCAUGUACAACAGCUGAGCUGCGGCCUCUUUUACCUGUUAAUUGUCUGCAGUGCAACCUUUUUUUUAUUACCCUAAUUCUAAACUAACUUGUCAUUUGCUGUCACAAUUCUUAGUUCUAAGCUCCAUGCUGCCUGUGCAUGCUCAGCUAAAUGUGCAGCACACGCUCUAAGUUGGGGGGAAAUAAAUUCAUUAACUUUAUUUUUUCCAAAUGUGUUAAUGAAAAAUAGUUCUUUACUGCCACAGGCUAUCAUGUGAUGAAUUUUUUAAUGAUUCUACCAAACCAAAACUUUGCAUGUAUAGUUAUAAUAUUGCAAACCCAUUUUAAUUUAUUCUCCUGUUCUUCUAAUGUGGAAUCUUAAUAGUGCCAUAGGGUUGAUACAAAAGUUCAUAGUCUACAGAGCAUAUUUGGGAGUGGAAAAGUCCAGUGCAGCUUGGUUUGGCUGCUUCAUUAAAUGUGAUAUUAACCUAGACGUUUUCAUAUGAAGAUUCACUGUUCAUCCUUCUAGCUUGGUUUGCUAUUUAUUUUUUUGUAGUUUUGUCUGUUUUGAUGUUAAAGAUAGACAUACAAUCUUUUAUUAGAUCUUAAGGUAACCCAAGCAUUUAUGGAUAGUUUCUAUUCUACUUAAUAUUAGAAUAUGAACUUUUUGGUCAACCCUAGUUAGAUAUCAGCCUAGCUGAAACUAAUUACGAUAAAGUUCUAGUCAGUUCUGUGGACAUUAUAUACUGUUACACUGCAGAACAAUCUUCCUGAUGCAUGCACAUCAGCACAUCUUGUAUUUUUUGUUCCUAAGGAUUUAUAUUUUAUAUGAGGGCGUAGAGCAAUAACUUGUUAUGCAUAUGAGAUUUCCUGAGUAUAUGGUUGAUUUUUUACGUCCCCAAUAUAGAUUUCGUGACAGGGUUAAGUUUCUGGUAAGCAUUCACAGGUUAAUUUGAACAUGCUAGGCUAAUGAUGUUGCAUUUUCAUUGUAAGUCUAUGUGUGCUCUCAAAGUUUGAAGUAUUCUUUCUAAUUUUAGUUUAGAGCAAAUUGUGGUCUUUUGCUCACUUACCUAACUUUGGUCUUUUUCCUGGACUGAUUGCACCAUUUAAGUAUUGGUAGCAUCAUUACUGUUGGUUUUCCUGACUUGAAGCAUUCAUUUUUACCUUCUGUUAUUCAUAAUUAUUUGUGAUUACCAGUCCAGUUAGUCUAUUGCAGUCUUCAUCAUGUAUGCUUUGUAUUGUAACUAAGGUCGCAUAUCUAUUAGGCAUUUCCUCUCCUUUAAUUUGAUAUUUCGACACCUGCUUUGCAUUUUGCAGAGCUUUCAGUUGUCCAUAUGAUAUGUGCAUGUACACAUGUGUGGUAGUCUCCUGUACUAGAAAGUGGAAGUUUGCUACUGGUGUGCUUGAUUACUGGUAUUGAAUGUGAAUGAGAAAUCAGUUUUAGUAGGAGACUAUUUGUCUUGUUUUUCGUGAUUAACCACAUGACAAAUUACUUGCAAGGCACUGUGCCAGUUGCAAACCAUUGUAAAUUUUUCAUGUGAUGCUGUUGUGAGAUGGUUAGUAUCUAUCACAAAAGUGAAGGACAGUUUUCAAUUGAAUUGCUUCUGUUGGAUUGCCAGAUGUCAAUUGCAUCAUUUGGUGUUACUUAUAUGCAUAUAUUUGUCGUCCAGGUACAAUUUUUCACAGCAUAUGUUUCUCUUUAUAGUCUCAAAAGAAUUUGUUUUAAACAAUACAUCACCUAAUUUUAUUUACUUCUGCUUUCUAUUGUCAUUUGAUCAUGGGCUUCAAAACUGGCUUGACAUGAUUUCUUGUGUUAACCUUUCCUGGAUUGAAUCUCUUAUUUUUACCGAUGAAAAUAUUUUGUUGAUCAAUGUUAUUUUCAAUUUUUUUUUAAACUGUUGUGCAAAUGUCAGUUACUGGCUGUUGUAUUUCUCAAUUACAAUGUUUUUGGUAUUAUUGUUUCUAUUGCCUAGUUGGCUGUAUUGUUAGUCCAAGUGACAUUAAAGUAUUAUUUAUUUGUUUGUUUUUUGUUUUU